AAGUAAAUGUUGUCACCCUUCUGCUAGAGGAAAACAGCUAAAGGAAAUCUAUUCACUGUCGCGUUGCUUCUAAAAUUUUUGAGAUCCUGGGAAAUAUUUUUCCGAUUGCACCAUUACUUACAGUUAUUAUCCACACAUUUGUUCUCUAAACCACAAAAUAUCGUACGAAAGAACCAUGUUAAUAACGCGCAUGGACGCUGCUUACCUUACAUUCUUCAUUAUCAUCGCUGCAUUCGUCGCCCUUUCACAUGCUGCUGCUGCCGAGAACCGUCCCACAUCGCUCUUCACGCUGGAGGGAUACGAAGUGGUGCACAGUUUCGUAAAGGUCCUCAACGAUACCAAACACCACAUCUACGUUUUUGAACCGAAGAAGACCGCGAAAUUCCCAUCCACCAUGACUCGAUACUUUUAUGCGCCUGCCUUAUUUCUGGAUGUUAGAGAACUGAGCGUCCGACAUAAUCCCUUCAAUAACAAAUGGGAGCUCCAUAUGCCGGUGGUCAUGUGGAACCCCGCCUAUGAGGAGUACAUCCGCGAGAGACUCAGCAAGCACUCAAGCGCGCCCAAGUUCCUGCUUAGUAUUCUGCCUCUGGAGAGUGUCCGCAUGGCGCCAAUGCAAUUACCACCACCCUUGCAGCAGGUAGAUCGCUGGCAAUCGUAUGGGAAUCAGGCGCAGACGGUGAUAUUUCGGCUGUAUUGCAACGAUGAGCGCACGUGCAAGGAGGCCGUGGAGACGAUCCGCGGUGCGGCCGGGGCGCAAGCUUUGGAUUUUAAGGCACAGUUCUUAUUAGACGGAGAGACGGUGACGGAGAAGGUCACGCUCCUUAAAACCGAGCGUAGUUGAUAGGUUUUCGGCGUCCAUAUUGUACCGUUGAUUAGUCGAAAGAAAACGUUAUGGUUUUUCCGCGCUGGGUUGCAUUGAUGGCUACUGGAAAUUCAGAAGCAAGCACCUGAUUUUGGCGAGCUUUUCCGAUUGUCGUACAUCGACGAAAUCAAAUAGCGCGACCUUUAAAUUUGUGUAUGCAUCCUUUUAUCCUCUGUCUACAAAUUCUUGCCUUGAUUCCAUAAAUUAUUUUUCUAGCGGUGCUUUUCUAGUUAGCUUUCUAGUAAUACGGUUAAACAGCAGAAAACUUAUUUGGUGGUACCUAUUUUGACUCGAACUUAUUUGGUGAUAACUAUUUGGAUUCAUUGAGAAUCUGCGAACAUUGUGGCGGUGUUGUUGGUCACACAGAAUUAAAUCUU